AUGUUGGACCUCAGUUUUAACAUGUUUGAGGGGAUAAUACCUUUACCCCAAUACUCCGGGGAGAUGCUUGAUUACUCAAGCAACUGUUUCUCUUCCAUGCCUCCUAAUAUUUCUACUCAACUUGAAGAUACUUCCUAUUUCAAGGCAUCAAGCAACAAGCUCUCAGGGAAUAUUCCACCAUAUUUUUGUAGCACAGAACUGACAAUUCUUGAUCUGUCUUACAACAACCUCAGUGGUUCAAUUCCUUCAUGCCUAAUGGAGGAUAACAAUGCACUGCAAGUUCUUAAUCUGAAAGAAAACCAACUUUCUGGACAGCUGCCACAUAAUAUCAAUGAAAGUUGCAAGUUUGAGGCACUAGACUUGAGUGACAACCAGAUUGAAGGACAGUUGCCUAGAUCUCUAGCUUCUUGCAAGUACCUGGAGGCCCUCGAUAUUGGACACAAUCAAAUUAGUGACUCUUUUCCAUGUUGGAUGACUGCACUUCCCGGACUUGAAGUCCUCGUCCUAAAGUCUAAUAAGUUAUUUGGACAGGUGUCACCUUCUAUUGAUUAUGAGAAAAGCACUUGUGAGUUUCCAAGGCUGCGGAUCCUGGAUCUGGCCUCCAACAACUUAUCAGGGACAUUGACAGAAGGAUGGUUUAUUAGAUUGAAGUCCAUGAUGGUUGAAGUUGUGAAUGAAACGUCAGUCAUGGAGUAUAACAGCUAUCAAAACCAAGUAUACCAGGUCAACACUGUGCUCAGAUACAAAGGGUAUGCCGUCUCCUUUACCAAAAUACUAAUAACCCUUGUAUUCAUUGAUGUCUCAAACAAUGCAAUCCAUGGUAGCAUCCCUGGAGCUAUUGGAGAACUUGUUUUGCUGCAAGUGCUCAACAUGUCGCACAACUCCUUCACAGGGCCGAUUCCAUCUCAGUUCGUCUAUUUGCACCAGCUGGAGUCUUUGGACAUCUCAUCAAAUGGUAUUUUAGGGGAGAUUCCGCAGGAGAUAUCCUCUCUCGACUUCCUCACAACAUUGAACCUAUCCAACAACAUGCUGGAGGGAAGGAUACCAGAAUCGCCUCAUUUCUCGACAUUCGAUAAUAGCUCAUUUAUGGGUAACACUGGGUUAUGUGGGCCUUCACUGUCAAAACAGUGCAGCAAUGAGACACCACCAAGUUCGGCGCUUCAUAAUUCGAAGGAGAAAUCUGCAGAUGUUAUGUUGUUCCUUUUUGUUGGAUUGGGACUUGGUGUUGGGUUUGCAGUUGCAAUUGUAGUGAUAUGGGUGCUCCCCCUUAGAAAGAAAUCCUGA